AUGUUGCCCUUUAGUCGCUUAUCUGGAACUAGUAAUAAUGCAUACCAGAGUCCUUUAGAGACUGACAGAGAUAGUUCCGUCACUUCUGGUUCUACUCGAGGUAGGAUUCGUCGUUCUCGCUCAGGACAUGGCUCUACGUUUGGCACUUACUUUCGACGAAUGACUUCCUUGCCUCAGAUGGACUUUGAGCUUGCACUAUGGCAGAUGGCUUAUCUGGUCAUCUCUCCUCGUCGAGUAUACCGCAACGUAUAUUAUAACAAACAAACCAAAAAUCACUGGGCUCGGGAUGAUCCUGCAUUUCACAUAUUAAUCGCACUCUGCAUGUGUGUCGCUGCAAUUGUCUAUGGAAUAGCAUAUUCGGAAUCGGUUCUUGGAACUCUUCAUCUUAUAGCAUACACACUAUUGAUCGAGUUUCUAGGUACAGGAUUAAUGAUUGCUACAACUGCAUGGUUCUUUACAAAUCAAUUCAUGCUGCAACAGCAAGUUCACGCAGUCGAACAAUCGGUCGAAUGGAUGUACUCUUUUGAUGUACAUUGCAAUGCAUUCGUGCCCUUUUUCUUAAUAACAUAUGUGGUGCAGUUCUUUUUUUUACGUAUUGUAUUGGCGGAUGGGCUCAUCUGUCGGCUAUUUUCCAAUACAAUCUACUUUGUGGCUCUCAACUACUAUUGGUAUAUUACCUUUUUAGGCUACAAUGCACUUCCAUUUCUUAAAAACACCAUUGUGUUUCUUUACCCGAUUGGAUUAACGAUGCUUUUGUUUGUAAUAUCACUCUUCACAUUCAACAUCAGCAAAGCCAUCUUUGCCCUAUAUUUCGAAUGA